ACAUCCUAUCAAACAUCUAGACACUAUUUACAUUCAAACUUACAAGCACAACACUGUCUUAAUCGGCGGAAACCCUAGGCUGCAAAUGGCGAUGGCGAGCUUGUACAGGCGAAUUUUGCCUUCUCCUCCUGCGGUUGAUUUUUCUUCUUCCGAAGGAAAGAAGCUUUUUACAGAGGCCAUUCAGAAUGGAACCAUGGAAAGCUUUUUCAAGUUGAUUUCUUAUUUCCAGACACAAUCUGAACCUGCGUAUUGCGGUUUGGCUAGCCUAUCGAUGGUCUUGAAUGCCCUUUCCAUUGAUCCUGGCAGAAAGUGGAAAGGGCCUUGGAGAUGGUUUGAUGAAAAUAUGUUGGAUUGCUGCGAGCCUUUGGAACGGGUUAAGGAUAAGGGUAUCUCGUUCGGGAAAGUUGUGUGCUUGGCACACUGUGCCGGAGGUAAUGUGAAAGCUUUCCGGACAAACCAGAGCACCAUACAAGAUUUUCGGAAGUAUGUCAUGGCGUGUUCUUCCUCUGAUGAUUGUCAUGUGAUCUCUUCUUAUCGUAGAGGAGUAUUUAACCAGCAGACUGGAACAGGUCAUUUUUCCCCUAUUGGUGGAUACCAUGCUGAACGAGAUAUGGCAUUGAUUCUUGAUGUUGCCAGGUUCAAAUAUCCUCCUCAUUGGGUUCCCCUCAGCCUUCUUUGGGAAGCGAUGAAUACUGUUGACGAAUCAACUGGGCAACACAGGGGGUUCAUGCUUGUGUCGAGUCAUCAGAGAUCUGUGGGUCUGCUCCAUUCCCUGAGCUGCAAUCACAAGAGUUGGACUGUUACAGCGAAAUAUUUGAUGGACGACAUGCCAGUGUUAUUAACUUCAAAAACUUUGAAGGAUGUCAAUGACCUGUUGUCCACUGUUCUUACAUCUCUGCCAUCAGAUUUUGUGGACUUCGUAAAAUGGGUGGCAGAGAUUCAUAGCAAAGAGACAGAUAAAGGAAGGCUUAUUAUCAAGGAGGAGGUGUUGAAACAACUGGAAGAAACCAACCUUUACAAGCACAUUGACUCGAUUUUGUCUCCCGAUAAAAAUAUGUUUAAAAUCAAACAAUCUACAGAUAAGUGUUAUCAUUCGCCUAAUGUUGCUGCAAGCUUCUGCACUGAUGUCUUGACAGUGCUUCUACUUGCAUUGCCCCCGAAGACAUGGUCUGGUAUCAUCGACCAAAGGGUAUUGGACGAGAUAUCUUGCUUAGUUUCCGUGGAAAAUCUUCCUUCCUUACUUCAAGAAGAGGUUUUCAAUUUACGUUGUCAACUGCUUAUGGUGAAACAAUGCAGAGAUAACAAGCUAGAAGAAAAUCUAGUUCUCCAGUCGAGCAGCUGUAGUUAUCCUUAUCCGAGCCCGGGCUCUUUGCUCGACGAGGCAAUUUCCCUCGGAAGGUCUAAUGUAUAUUCGAGCCACACUUCGUAUCAGAAAAGCUCUCACCUGAUGACUUCUUGUUUGUUCAAAACACCUUUGUCGCCUGGCCACGGAGGCAUCUCUCUCGGAAUCAGUCGAAACAACGGCAAAUACCAUUCCGGGACAUCAUGGGAUGGAGGAAUUAGGCAUAUGAGGAUAGUCUGUCCAAAAAGUGUAUUGCAGACGAGGCAUAGUCUGUGGGCUAGAUGCCCCUGUGGUCUAUAA